CAUAAUAAUAAUCAUAAUAAUAUAUGUAUUUACAUAAUAGUUUUGAUAGUACACACUACAUACAAUUUACAUACAUAUAGAGUGAUUGCGAGUUGCGACGUUCACCAUAACUAUAUGAUAUGGUAAAAAGUGUGUUUUUUUCGGUAAAAACGAUUCGCUCUGGAUGUAUUGUAUAGUGUAUUACUGUGAAAAAAUAAUUUUAUCGUCAGAGGGUUAAUCUGCGUGAAUAGUAUAGAAUAAAUAAUAGUCAUUAGAUAUCAUAAUGUUCUUUCCUAGUGGCAGUUUGUAUACUUUACAAUAAUUAUUACUUACAUUAUAUAUUUUUUUUUUUUGAUCAUAAAAUCAAUUAAUACUUUAAGUGACGAAGAAAUUAUUUAAUAUGGAUCAUUUCCACGAGUUGCUUCGCGAUAAAAGCAAAUUUUGUCAUCAAAUUGAAUGUUUGAUAUCGUCAAUCGACCUAAUAAACAACGAUCCAGUGGUCAAAGAAUGUCUCGACAAACUUAAGAACUCCAUUGAAAACUGUGUGGAAAAUACUGGACAAGUUUAUAUUUUUGGUUCUCGUGUGUAUGGAAUUGCGAAUGCCGAUAGUGAUGUAGAUUUGUAUUUCGAUACUGGUGAUUGUUUUUCAGGAAAAAUCGCAGACAAUUACGCGCGACAACUACAACUUAUUGAUUUAUUUGUUAAAGCAGCGAAUAGAGCUGAAUUUAUUGGAUUGAAAAUUAUUACAGAAACGCGAAUACCAAUUGUGCGCUUUAUACACGAUCCCACAAAUUUUAAUUGUGAUUUGCAUUUCCGGAGUGGUCUAUCUGUGCUUAACUCGGAACUUAUCAAAUUAUAUUUAACCAUGGAUGAAAGAGUACGUUGGGUAGUUAUUGCAGUAAAACAUUGGGCUAUUUCUUUAAAACUCUUAUCUGAUGAUUUUUCAACCUAUUCCCUAAUUUGGCUAGUGUUAUAUGUCAUGAUGCAUUACAAAAUUGUUCCACCCAUUGUAGAUUUAUGGAAAAUGCACCACAAACAUGAACCAAAUUAUACUGAAGGUUGGGAUACACGUAUUUGUUUUAAUAACGAUCAAUUAAAAUCAAAAUUGUUUUCCAAAACAAAUCUUUCAAAAUGGGAAUUACUUCGUUAUGUCUUUAAAUUUUAUUCGGAUUCAAUCACAUUACAAAAUUAUGUAUUAUGUACUGUACUUGGCGAAUUACUUCCAAAAAAAACAUUUUACUCAACAUUCAUAAAUAAAGUUUAUGCCAUGGGAAAUUAUGAAUGUCAAAUUGAAAAGUUUGAAAAAUGUGAAACUUUGAUAAACACUAAUUUUGGCAGUUUCAACAGAAUCGAACUACAGAACCCACUGAAAUUAUGUAACAGUGUUAUUCCUUGGCUCCGUGAUAAAAAUAUGAGUUUAUUUAUAGACUUAUGUACGAAAGCUGGCAACUCAAUGUGAACAAUAAUAAAUUGUUUAAUCUCAUAAUA